UAGGGCAACAAGGAUGGUUAGUUUUGACAGUGCUUCCAUGUGCCAUAAAACAUCAAUUCUAAUUGACAGUUAUCAGUGAUUUAAUAUCUGCAGACCUCCCGUUUUUGAGCUGUGAUCACUAAAUGAAGGGGUUGUGGACUGGGAAGACCCAUGCACUCCUUCAAUUGGUUGGGGAUCGAGAACAGUGACUCUGGCGAUCUCAAGAACAGGAGGGAAUGUUGACCAGGGAGCACCGCUGCGGCCGAUUAGAGGAGCAGGAACCGGAGCCCGGGCUGAGUACUAAAAAAGCCGCAUCCGGACGUUGGCUUCGGAACGGCUGGAAGUGGAGGAUGAAGGAGCCUGAGGAACCUGCGGACGGUGGGCUUUCGCUGCCCCCGGUUUACAUCUACAGUCCCGAGUAUGUCAGCAUGUGUGAUUCCCUGGCCAAAGUGCCCAAACGGGCCAGUAUGGUACAUUCUUUAAUCGAAGCAUAUGCGCUACAUAAGCAAAUGAGAAUAGUUAAGCCCAAAGUGGCCUCCAUGGAGGAGAUGGCCACCUUCCACACUGAUGCCUAUCUGCAACAUCUCCAGAAGGUCAGCCAAGAAGGAGAUGACGAUCAUCCAGACUCCAUAGAAUAUGGGCUAGGUUAUGACUGCCCAGCCACCGAAGGGAUAUUUGACUAUGCAGCAGCUGUGGGAGGGGCAACAAUCACAGCUGCCCAAUGCCUGAUUGAUGGAAUGUGCAAAGUAGCAAUUAACUGGUCCGGAGGGUGGCACCAUGCAAAAAAAUUUCAUAACCAAGGAAGGCCUUGAGAAAGUUUACUACUAAAAUCUACUGAGGUGAUGAAGGAAAGAGAACCAGUGUUUAGCAAUAAGUCUUCUAUGUCCUUAAAAACAAAGAGAAACAACCUGCCUUUUGUUAGUUUCUGCUCUAUUAAAAAAUAUUUCAGCAAUUCCAAGGAGAAAAAAAAAAAAGACCUUUCCUUCAAGCUACAGUUAAAGGGGAAAAGACCAACUUUCCCUGAACCAAAGACUUCUCUGCCCCCCUCGUGCUUAGCCCGUUGAGAAUAAUAGUGUGGUUUCAUGGGAAAUGCUUGGUCCUGUGAGUCAGAUCUAGUUUGAAUUUGGCACUUGGAAGAGUUUAUGUAUUUACUUAUUUUUAGUGUAGUUUAAUGCUUCUAAUUUUUUAGAAUAACUUAAUGCUACAUCAGAAAUUGAUUCCUCAAUACUGAAGAUGGAAAACAUAAGCAAGAAAGAUCACCAUUUUAUUGGAACUACACCAUAUAGCACAGUGCUAGGCACCAUGAUUCUAGAACAAAAACAAAAAUGCAAAAGUGGUAUAGUGAAGGGCUUAUGUAUGUAAGCCUACUACGGCCUGGGUCAGUUUUGAAUGGGACACUCAGAUACCUGAUACUUCUUAUCACUGUUUCACUGCCAAAAGAAAUGCAGUCUGUAUCUUAAGCCAAUUAUGGCUGCUUCUGUGUUGUGUAUAGGUGUGGGCAUACCCACACACCAUUGUUGUAACUAUUCCAGACAGCUUUCAGCUGAUCGUACUACAAAACAGACAUACCUGUGGUAAAAAUAAGACUGACAAGGAGUUUCUUGGGAUUGCCCCAAUUCACAGUGUUUUUGAUACUUCUAGCACCUCUCUGCAGGUGGACUGCAGCCAUUUAGCCCACAAAUUGACAUCUAACUAGCAUUUAUGUAUUGUAACCACAGUAUUUCCCCCUCCCGUGAUACAUGUAUAGAUUCAUACAUGCCUUUUAUUCAUUUAGCAUGUGUUAAUUAUGAAUAUACUAUAUGUCAUGCAUAUGUUUAUCAUCACUAGUAAGCUAGAGGUAUAUAAAUUGAAAUGUGGUAUAUUUUUUCACCUAAUAAUUUUGGGGAAAAUAUCUUCAAAAUAUCCUAGCAGGAUUCUAGUGAAAUUGACUGUAUGACAGUCAAUAUAUCUAUUUGUUGGAUUAUUAUAUAACCAUUAAAAAUGGUGGUUAGGGCAACUACAUAACAAGAAAAAAUGCAUAUCAUAUAAUAUUGACUUUGUUUAAGCAUCAUCCAUUCAAUUGACUUUUUAAAAACUCUAUUUUAGUGUCUUUGUUUUUAUUCUAUUUGCUUGUUUAUUUUGUUAUUUAGCUUCCUGUUAAAGGUGAGAUCAUAUGGUAUUUGUCCUUCAAUGCCUGGCCUAUUUCACUCAGCAUAAUGCUUUCCAGUUCCAUCCAUGUUGUUGCAAAGGGUAGUAGCUCCUUCUUUCUCUCUGCUGCAUAGAAUUCCAUUGUGCAUAUGUACCACAAUUUUUUGAUCCAUUCAUUUACUGACUUUUUAAAAACUCUAGAAAUAAGAGUUAAAAUUGGGGAAAAUGUUCCUACCUCUUAACCCAGUAAUAUUAUUCUUAGCAAUCCAUUCUAAUGAAAUAAACCAAUUCUGCACUCAACAAAUUCAUAUCAUAGGGGCAAGACAGCAAAUAAUUACAUUUGAAAGCUAAAGAAGAGUUAUUUUCAAAGAAAAUUUUUGCAAAAGAUUAAUGAGGGACUAAUGCUUUUAUAUAUUAAAUGUACAAAACUAGAAAAAUGAAAACACUGGUACCAUGGGUAUAAGGUAUGACAGGUGAUAUCGUAAAUUCCCCAAAGAGACAAUUAUAUAUGAGAAUUCAAUCUAUUAUAAAGCAUGUGUUGCAAGUGAAUGGGAGUGGAAAGGAUUGUUCAGUAAAUGAUGUUGUGACAGCUUGUAGCAUUUAUACUCUCAUCUCCUGUAAUAAACUAAAAUAAGUGGCAGCUGGAUUGAAGAGUUAAAUAUAAAAAAGCAAAUUUUAAGGAACUAGGAGGAAUGAAUAUUUAUCAAGCCUCUGGAGGGGAAUAGUUUUCUAAGCUUUAAGAAAGAAUGCAAAAAAAAAAAAAAAAAAACCCCGCAUAAAGGAUAAGAUCAACUAUUUGACUUAUAUAAAAAUUUUAAAACCAGCCCUAGCUGGUGUGGCUCAGUGGUUGAGUUCCAGCCUGCAAACCAAAGGGUCACGGGUUCUAUUCCCGGUCAGGGUACAUUCCUGGGCUAUGGGCCAGGUCCCUAGUGGGAAGAGUGCAAGAGGCAACCAGACAUUGAUGUGUCUCUCCCUCUUUCUCCCGCCUUUCCCCUCUCUCUAAAAAUAAAUAAAUACAAUCUUAAAAAAAAAUUUAAACCAAAGUAACUUAAAAUUAUUGUGACCAUUUUAAAAAUAAAAUCUAAACACAUACUGAAAAGGCAUAUUUGACACAAAUAUGGUGAAGUGUGAGAGUUUUGUAUUUUCUAAAGUAUUUAUAUAGUAUGAUAUAUAGGAAGAAAUAUGGGCAAAGAACAUGAAUAGAAAACUUACAGAGGAGUUUAAGUACAACUGGAAAACACGGGGCAGUGUUCAUCACUACUAAUCAAAGAAAUGUAAAUUAAAACAACCAGGUAGCCACUGUUUAAGCCUGUAUUUAACAGAAUUUUUUAAAAUGACACUCAGUUUGCUAGUAGUAGUGUGGUUUGGUUCAACCCUUAAGAAAGCAAUUUGGAAGCCAGCAUGUAUUAAUGCCCUCUUAUGUAGUAAGCCUACUCCUGAAAAUGUUUCCUAAGAAAAUUAUUAAAAUUAUAGAAAAAAACUAUUUGUAUGAAGAUGUUUAUCUGUUAUUUAUUUCAAAAAAAGUAACACGAAUGUCUAGCAAUAAGGAAAUGGCGAAUCCUUUCCAUUGAAUAUUAUACUAUGCUUUUAUUUUAAAUGAUGAUUAUGAAGACUCUAUGGCAUUUCAGCAAAAUACUUAUGUGCUAAUGAUAAAGCAGGUUUUAAAAUUGUAUGCAGCCCUGCUUGGUGUGGUUCAGUGGAUUGAGUGCCAGCCUGGGAACCAAAGGACCACCAGUUCGAUUCUCAGUCAGGGCACAUACUUGGGUUGCAGGCCAGGUCCCUAGUUCAGGGCACAUACUUGGGUUGCAGGCCAGGUCCCCAAUAGGGGGCACACAAGAGGCAACCACACAUUGAUGUUUCUCUCCUCUUUCUCCUUUCCUUCCCCGCUCUAAAAAAAUAAAAUAAAGUAAAUACAAUCUUUUUAAAAAUCAAGAAAAAGAAAUAAAAUUGUAUGCACACUGUGAUUACAACUUUGUAAAACACAUACCUAUGGGAAAAAAACUAGAAAGAAUGAUUAUGUUAAUAGUUAUGUUAGGGUGGCAGAAUUAUUGAUGAUUUUUUAUAUGUGUUUUUCUAGUUUUCAAAUUUUCUGUGAUGAGAUUUUAUUACUUUUGCAGCUGAAAUUCUACCAAAAUAAAAAGAGGUAAAAAAUAGUUACAGAAAAUAUAACAAGGGGUUAAAAUGUUUAUUCUAAUUGCUUUUUAAGAACACUAAUAUGCAGAUAAAUGGGCAGGAGACAUGAACAGGCAAUUUACAAGAGGAAAUAAAUAGUAAACAAACAUGAACGAAUACUUAGUAUUACUAGUAAUUAAAGGAAGUGAAAUUGAAACAUCAUAUAUACAUGUAUAUACUUUCCUCCUACCAAAUUUGAGCCAAAGGAAGAAAGAUCUUUAUCUUAUAACAUCUAUUACUCUUGAUAAUCUAUUCUAAGGAAAUAAACCAAUCCAAAAUAUGGAAAAGCUGUAUAUAUGAAGAUGGUAAAUUCUCUCUCACUUAAAAAAAGCCAAAAAAGGAAGGGAGACCUAAAUAUUCAGCAGCAGAAUGGCUAGGUAGUAGUAGUAUACUACAACAUAUCUAUUUGUUGGGUUAAUAUAUAACCAUUAAAAAUGGUGGUUAGGGCAACUGCAUAACAAGAAAAAAUGCAUAUCAUAUAAUACUGACUUUGUUUAAGUAUCAUACAUCAAAGUAUCACUUUGAUGAGAGUCAUGUAAAAAUAUAUGCAUGUGAAAAAAAUCUUAGAAGGAAAAGCAGUUGACCUCUGAUCAAGACAGAGGUUUCUUGAACAACAAUUAAAAUAAAAAAAUUAAUAAAUGAACUAAAUUGGGAGAGUUGUAAAAAAAAAAAAGACAGAAGUUGAAGUGCAUAUCUCCUGCACCAUCCAAACAGCACAUUAUUAAGUACAGUGGGUCCUCUGCAUCUGUGGAUGCCCAACCACAGAGUUGAACUUUGAACAACACAGGUUCAAACUGAAAAAAAUUCAUGUAUAAGUGGACUGGUGCAGUUCAAAUCCAUGUUGGAAGGUCAAACUGUACAACAAAAUGAUACCAGUGACUCUAGGAGGAUACAUGUAUAUGUGUAUGUAUAUACACUCACACACAUACAUAUACAUGUACCAUUUUCCUGUUUCCCCUACUUUUUCUAUAUAUUCUCUAAAUGUGAUUAUAUUACUUUUAUCAAUAAACUUUUUAUAAUAAACUGCUUGGAACAAGUUGUGAAGCAACUACAAUACAGACACAAUAUGGUCAGUGUGUGCUAGUUAUGCACAAAGUAGUGGGUUGUACAGAACAGGGAGAAAGAGUCUCUCUUCCCAGUGGUGGUGAUGAACAAUUCCAAGCAGAGGAAAUAAUAAAAGCAUGGCGGGAGGAAAUUAUGGGGCAUUUGAAGAACUACAAGUUCAAAUGUGGCCUGAACAUUAAAAAAAAAUAGAGCAAAACAGAUUAUAAAGGUUUUGUAAAUCAUGCUGAGGAGAUGGAUUUUCCCCCCUGAGGCUAGUGGGGGUUUAUUGGGGAAUUUUAUUUUAUUUUAUUUUUUUAAUUUAUGUAUUUAUCUUUAGAGGGGAAGGAAAGGAGAAAGGGAGAGAAACAUCAAUGUAUGGUUGCCCUUUGCGCAUCCCCUGCUGGGAACUGGCCUGCAGGGAACCAGCCGGCAACCCAGGCAUGUGCCCUGACUGGGAAUCGAACCUCGAUUGUCUGGUUCGCAGGCCCGAGCUCAAUCCACUGAGCUACAUCAUUGGGGAAUUUUAGCAUGCGUGGCAAUGUGCUAAUUGAAUCAAAAGGAACUGAGACUAAAGGCUAUUGUAAUUAUUCAUUUAAUAAACACUUAUUAUGCUCCUGCUGUAUGCUAGGUGAUAUGGAAAUGAAGAGGUCUAUUAUUUGAGGACAGUUGGUACCGGACAAAAAGGCCUCUUAGUGAAUCCAUUUAAAAGAGGAACUAGCCCUGUCUGGUGUGGCUCAGUGGGUUGAUCACCAGCCUGCAAACCAAAGGGUUGCCAGUUUGAUUCCUGGUCAGGAUACAUGCCUGGGUUGUGGACCAGGUCCCGAGUAGGGGGCAUACAAGAGGCAACUACACAAUGACAUUUCUCUUCCUCUCUUUCUCCCUCCUUUCCCCUCUGUCUAAAACAAAUAAAAAAUCUUUAAAAGGGGGAGGACUAAAAUUUUAAAGUAAUGGAGGGGAUAGAGCUUGAUAGUAUGCUAACUUGAAUAACUAUAAGCUA